GAGGGUCGAGCAUUAGCCCGGCGCCGCCACGGGGGGCUCCACUGCCCUCGUCUCGGCCUCACUAGCCCGCCAGCCCAACUCGGCGGCUCCUCCGCGAGCCCGCAGGGAACUCGCUCCCCUCGCGCCCGAGGGGGGCGCCUCGGGCCAUGGUGCCCUCCCAGGAGGAGCCCGGUGCCUUCGCGCAGGGGACGAGCGAGGCGCAGCCGCCCGGCUCUGCGCCCCCGGGGGCCGCUCCACUGCCCGGCCUGGGGCCGUCGGACGUCCCGGAGGCGGCGGCGGCCGAGAAGGUGGAGGUAGAGCUGGCAGGGCCGGUGGGCGCGGAGCCCCUUGAGCCCCCUGAGGGGGGCUGGGGUUGGCUGGUGAUGGUGGCGGCCAUGUGGUGCAAUGGGUCGGUGUUCGGCAUCCAGAACGCCUGUGGGGUGCUGUUCGUGUCCAUGCUGAAGACCUUCGGGUCCAAGGACGAUGACAAGAUGGUCUUCAAGACAGCCUGGGUAAGUUCUCUGUCCAUGGGGAUGAUUUUCUUCUGCUGCCCAAUCGUCAGCGUCUUCACAGACGUGUUUGGUUGUCGGAGAACAGCUGUUGUAGGUGCUGCUGUUGGAUUUGUUGGACUCAUGGCAAGUUCUUUUGUAAGCUCCAUUGAGCCUCUGUACCUGACCUAUGGAAUCAUAUUUGCCUGUGGCUGCUCCUUUGCCUACCAGCCUUCGUUGGUCAUUUUGGGACACUAUUUCAAGAAGCGCCUUGGACUGGUGAAUGGCAUUGUCACCGCUGGCAGCAGUAUCUUCACAAUUUUGCUGCCUUUCCUUUUAAGGGUUCUGACUGACAGUGUCGGCCUCUUUUACACCCUGAGGGUCCUCUGCAUCUUCAUGUUUGUUCUCUUUCUGGCUGGCUUUACUUACCGACCUCUUGCUUCCAGUGCCAAAGAUAAAGAUGGUGGAACCAAAGGAGGCAACAGAUUCUCCCUCUUUUCCAGGAGAAAGUUCAGUCCUCCAAAAAAUUUUUUCAAUUUUGCCAUCUUCAAGGUGACAGCAUAUGCAGUGUGGGCAGUUGGAAUACCACUUGCACUUUUUGGAUACUUUGUGCCUUAUGUUCACUUGAUGAAACAUGUGAAUGAAAGGUUUCAAGAUGAGAAAAAUAAAGAGGUGGUUCUCAUGUGCAUUGGCAUCACUUCAGGAGUUGGACGGCUGCUCUUCGGCCGGAUCGCAGAUUAUGUGCCUGGGGUGAAGAAAGUUUAUCUGCAGGUCCUGUCCUUUUUCUUCAUUGGUCUGAUGUCCAUGAUGAUUCCCCUGUGCAGCGUCUUUGGGGCCCUCAUUGCUGUCUGUCUCAUCAUGGGUCUCUUCGAUGGAUGCUUCAUUUCCAUUAUGGCCCCCAUUGCCUUUGAGUUAGUUGGUGCCCAGGAUGUCUCCCAAGCAAUUGGAUUUCUGCUUGGAUUCAUGUCUAUACCCAUGACUGUGGGCCCACCCAUUGCAGGGUUACUCCGUGACAAGCUGGGCUCCUAUGAUGUGGCAUUCUACCUCGCUGGAAUCCCUCCCCUUAUUGGAGGUGCUGUCCUUUGUUCUAUCCCAUGGAUCCAUAGUAAGAAGCAAAGAGAGAUCAAUAAAACCACUGGAGGAGAAAAGAUGGAGAAAAUGUUGGAGAACCAGAACUCUCUGCUGUCAAGCUCAUCUGGAAUCUUUAAGAAGGAAUCUGACUCUGUUAUUUAAUGUCUUACAUACCUCCACCAGACUGGACUUGCUUCAGAAGUUUAAGCAAGUUUUCCUUUUAUAUGAAUUGCAAAUUUCUUAUUUUUUAAAUCACAUCCUAGGAAUAGCACAAUAAUUGGGAAAUAGAACCCUUUUACUACAAGAACCGUUUUCUGCCACUGAAGAGCUGUCCAAUAUUUCUGUGAAUCUGAGGGCAGAGACUCAGACUCAG